AUGGAUGAGUCAUACAUUGUUGAUGUUACAAAAAAGGAAUGCAGUUGUAGGUUAUGGGAACUAAAUGGGUAUGGUUGUGUUCAUUUAGUAGCUACAUUAGCUUUUCUAAACGUAACACCUGAUGGGCCAUAUGUAGACCCUUUGUACCUGUCAGCCUUCUUCCAUAAUACAUACAAAAAGUCUAUUAGUGGCAUGAAUGGGAUGAACAUGUGGCCUUCAACAACCUUUACACCUCCAUUACCUCCUUUAAAAAGAAGAAUGCCAGACAGUCCAAAAGUCAAAAGAAUAAGGCAUGAUUCUGAAAUGUAUGGAAAACACACUCUUUCAAAGGAAGGAAAAAAGGUUUCUUGUGGCAUAUGCAAAGAGAAAGGGCACAACAAGAACACUUGCACUCAAGUGUCAAUGCCACCUAAAACUAAUGUCACAAAGAAACAAAAAAUCAUGCAAACACAAGAAUCAGUGAAUAUGCAAGCUAUUGAAGAAGAUGAUGUUAUGGGUGAUAUAGUUGAGCCAUAA